AUGAAGUUCCUUGUCGCUUGUUUUAUGGUGCUUCAGCUGCUGCUGGUGUCGGAAAUCCAGAGUUUUGACUUUGUUGUGGAAGAAGACCCAGAGUGGUUUUACUUCCAGAAACUGGCAGAGCUGUUUGACUUGGAGACCAGGGGCUUCAUCUCAAGCCCGCAGCUGCGAAGGGGCAGAUCACAGAGAAGCACCUCCAACAGUGAAAAUGAGGAAGAAUUGAUUCUUGGUGAUGACAAAAUAGUCCUCCACAGCUACAAGAUCCAGUCCACCAUCACCUCCCGCAUGGCCAAUACGAUGGUCCAGACCAAAGUGGAAAACAGAGCCAAGCACUCACAGAGUCUGGCCUUUGAUGUCCAGAUCCCCAAAGGGGCCUUUAUCCACAAUUUUACUAUGAAUGUCAACGGUAUCACUUUUACUAGUUCAAUUAAGGAAAAAUCUGCCGCUCGAAGUCAGUAUGCCCGGGCUAAGGCCAAAGGCAAAGCUGCUGCGAUCCUAAGGAGCAACGCUUUUGACAUGGAGAACUUCAAAGCCGAACUCAGCGUCCCAGGUGGAACCAAAGUCCAGUUUGAAAUUCAUUACCAGGAAUCCAUCCGGAGGAAAUUAUCCUCCUACGAACACCUUAUCCCAGUGCAGCCAGGCAGGCUGGCCAAACACUUGGAGGUGAACAUCCACAUUGUUGAACCGCAGGGGAUUAGUUUUGUCAACGUUCCUAAUGCGCUUGGUGAGCAGUUUAUUGAUGCAACUAUAGUCAACAAAGGAGAGAAAAAGGCACACGUGUCCUUCAAACCAACCUUAGCCCAGCAACGAAAGUGCUCCAAUUGUACCACUACAGCUGUGGAUGGCAAUCUGGUGGUGACCUAUGAUGUCAAAAGGGAUACGAAAGCUGGAGAGCUGGAGGUCUUCAAUGGGUAUUUUGUCCACUACUUCGCUCCGGAUGACUUGGAUCCUCUGCCAAAAAAUAUCCUGUUUGUCAUUGAUGUCAGCGGCUCUAUGUGGGGAAUAAAAAUGAAACAGACUGUGGAAGCUAUGAAGACCAUCCUGGGCGACCUCCGAUCCGAUGACCAGUUUUCUAUCCUGGACUUCAACCACAAUGUCCGUUGCUGGAGAGAUAAUUUGGUUCAAGCCUCCAAAAUGCAGAUAGAUGCAGCCACGAAUUACGUUGAGGGAAUCCACCCCAAUGGAGGAACCAACAUCAACGAUGCCCUUCUCCGGGCCAUCUUUAUUUUAAAUGAAGCCAACACUUUGGGGAUGCUAGAUCCAAGUUCUGUCUCCAUGAUAAUACUGGUUUCAGACGGAGACCCAACUGUCGGAGAACUAAAGCUGCCAACGAUUCAGAAAAAUGUGAAGAAGCAUAUCCAGAAUGACAUCUCCUUGUUCUGUCUUGGAAUCGGCUUUGAUGUGGACUAUGAUUUUCUGAAGAGGUUGGCGACUGAAAACAAUGGAGCCGCGCAACGGAUCUUUGGGAAUCAAGAGACCUCUUCCCAAAUGAAGAAAUUCUACAACCAGGUUUCCACCCCACUUCUCAAAAAACUGGAGUUCAACUAUCCCGAAGGAGUCGUGUCCGAUGUAACCCAGAGCACCUUCCAGAACUAUUUUGGAGGGUCAGAGAUUGUGGUAUCGGGAAAAGUCGACACUGAAAAUGUGCAGCAUUUACAGAGUGUGAUAACAGCCACAGCUUCCAACGCACAGCUGAUCUUGGAGAUUCUGGCAGAUGUUGAGGGACUGGAUGACUUCCUGAGCAAGAAUAAAAACGCCGAUCCCAAAUUCACGGAAAAGUUGUGGGCCUACUUGACCGUCAACCAACUCAUGGCUGAAAGAAACGUGGCUCCCACCGCCUCCUUGAAAAGAAACAUCACCAAGGCCAUCUUGCAGAUGUCGCUGGACCAUCACAUCGUGACCCCCUACACAGCUAUGCUCAUUGAGAACCCAGAUGGGGAGGAGCUGAUGCUGGCCGACUCCCCGCAGGACCGCAAAAGGGCCUGUUGUCCAG